UUGCGAGGCAGGUUGAGUUGUCUGUACUCUGUAGCUUACGAAAGAUUUUAACUAGUUUGUCUAUUAAUUUUGAUUAAUAAUUUUAUUUAAUUUCCCAACUUGGCUUUUAAUUUAUAUUUUUGGAUCGACAUUGUUGUCUUUUUGAACCUUCCGAUCUAUUGUCCUUGUCAUUCGGCAAUUAUCGUUGUGAUGCUGUUACUCAAUAGAAGAAUGAAUUCAACCACAGGAAAUGAGCCCCUUUUACACUUCAAAGACAGAGCAGAAGAAGAAGAAGAAGAAUCAAAAGCAGAUAAUUUAGUCAAAAGAACAUGCCGAGAAUCAAAGAAGAUAUGGGAAAUAGCUGGACCUUCCAUUUUCAGCCGAUUGGCCAUGUUUUCUCUCACAGUUAUCAGUCAAUCCUUCGCCGGCCACUUGGGUAACCGUGACCUCGCCGCCAUUUCCCUUGCCACCACUUUCUUCAUUCCCAUUACUUUCGGCUUCUUGCUGGGAAUGGCCAGUGCUCUGGAGACAUUGUGUGGCCAGGCUUAUGGGGCAAAGCAAUACCAUAUGUUGGGCGUAUACUUGCAACGUUCUUGGGUUGUGUUAUUUAUCAGCUCAAUGAUACAAUUGCCUCUUUUUGUUUAUGCCGCGUCUAUAUUGGAGCUACUGGGGCAGCCGGAAGCAGUGGCUGAAUUGACUGGAAAAGUAGCAAUUCUGCUAAUCCCUAUGCACUUGAGUUUCCCUUUUCAGUUCACUUUGUUAAGGUUCCUGCAGUGUCAGCUAAAAACAUCGGUAAUUGCUUGGGUUUCUGGCGGGACACUUGCUCUUCACGUGGUCUUGAGUUGGAUUUUUCUAUAUAAAUUGGGAUUUGGAAUUGUUGGGACUGCCCUCAUUCUUGAUUUCUCUUGGUGGAUUUCUGUGUUGGGAUUUCUUGCUUACAUUGUCUUUGGUGGGUGCCCUCAUUCUUGGACUGGUUUCUCUAUGCAAGCGUUUGUUGGUCUUUGGGAUUUCUUUAAGCUCGCUGUGGCUUCUGGGGUGAUGCUAUUGUUGGAGCAUAUUUAUUUUAGAGUGCUAGUUAUUGUGUCUGGGUACAUGAACAAUACUGAGGUUGCAGUUGAUGCGCUCUCUAUCUGUAUUACAAUCAUCGGGUGGGAAUCCAUGAUUCCACUAGGUCUUUUGGCGGCAACAGGGGUACGUGUUGCAAAUGAGCUUGGAGCUGGAAAUGGGAACCAUGCAAAGUUUGCCACGAAAGUUGCAUUGUUGAACACUUUAGCAUUGGGCAUUUUGUUUUGGUCAAUAGUUAUGGCCUUUCCUGAUAAGCUUUCAAUGAUAUUCACGUCAAGUACUCCUGUCAUUAGAAUGGUGUGUGGAUUUGCAUUUUUGUUGGCGACCACAAUCCUUUGUAAUUGCGUUCAACCGGUUCUUUCAGGCGUAGCAAUUGGAUCUGGUUGGCAAGCACAUGUGGCAUAUGUCAACUUAGGCAGCUAUUAUUUAGUAGGAGUGCCCCUCGGAAUAUUUUUUGGAUGGUCACUAGAUUUUGGAUUAACGGGCUUAUGGUAUGGCAUGAUCACGGGGACUAUAGUUCAAACAUUGAUAUUAACGAUUAUGACCAUCAGAUGUCAAUGGACCAUAUAAAGAGGAAUUUGGUACAAUUCGGCACAUGAGUAAUAUAAAAAAAGGACAGUCCGGUGCAUUAAGCUCCCGGUAUGCACGGAAUUCGAAAAAGGACCGGACCAUAGGGUCUAUUGUACUAACGUGGACUUGUGUGGUCUAUUGUAAUAUACAACCUUUUUUUUCCUACUAAAAAUAGGUUCGUAGAUGGGCUUGAUGAUGAUGGAGACGAAGAAGAGCAAAGAUCAAUUUUUAGCCCGCGGCCGAAACUAUUUAUAUUUGGUAGCCGCAAAAAUGUAUACAAUUUGUAUAUUUUUUGUAUAUAACAUACUGAAAUAUAUAUAACCAUAUUUUCAGCUA